CUAACAUUUACUAUUAGCCUUAAGGACCCUACACACUGAAAGUGAUAUGUUGGUAUCCCUGCGGAUUAUCGUGUUCUGUAUGAAGAAAGCUUAAAAAGCUUAUGGUUUGUUUAAAAAAGAAGCUACUUCAAAAAGGCUUAUUAGAUGCUGUUCACCACAUGAAGCUGUACAUAAUUUUAAGUGAGUCUGAAAUAUGGAAGUCAAUUUGAUAUGUUUGUUUAGCUUUGAGCUGAAAUAUUUAAUGAAACUCAGAUCGGUAAUUAUUAUUCCAAGAAGUCCGUGGCUAUUUAAAAUUAAACCAAGGAGUCUUUCUCGACACUGAACAGGCUUUUCAUCGAGUUUGGCAGCCGGCAUAAAUAAAAAUAUAUAUAAACUUAAUUGACACAGUUGAUAACCUACAGGUUUUACGCCUUAACUCCAUAGAAUCCAAUCAACC